AUGGCAUCUCUGCUGCCCCCUAUUGGUUCAGAGGUCUUAAGACGCUUCACGCCUGCCUCCCUGGAGGAAAUCCAACGACGACAUGAAGUCGAGGAGAAAGAGCAACAGAGGAGGAAGGAGAAGAACAUCGAGAUAGCGGAGGAAAAUCUUCCUAAACCAGCGAGUGACCUGGAGGCUGGGAAGCCCCUCCCAUUCAUCUAUGGAGACCCACCCCCCGAGCUUCUCAACACCCCAUUGGAGGAGCUAGAUCCCUUCUACCAAUCACAGAAGACGUUCAUUGUGCUCAGUAAAGGAAACAUCAUCUACAGGUUUAACGCUGAGCCGGCUUGUUACGCGCUCAGUCCGUUCAACCCACUGAGGACCAUCGCCAUCAAGAUCCUCAUUCACUCUUUAUUUAGUAUGUUCAUCAUGGUGACAAUUUUGACCAACUGUGCGUUCAUGACGAUGAGUGAUCCCCCAGCAUGGAGUAAGACUGUGGAGUACGUCUUUACAUUCAUCUACACAUUUGAAGCAACCAUCAAAGUUCUGUCCAGAGGAUUCUGUGUUGGAGAUUUCACAUUCCUCAAAGACCCCUGGAACUGGCUGGAUUUCAUGGUCAUCAGCAUGGCAUAUCUGACAGAGUUUGUAGAUUUGGGAAAUGUUUCUGUCUUGAGAACAUUCAGAGUUCUUCGAGCUCUGAAGACCAUCACCGUCAUUCCUGGUCUGAAGACGAUUGUUGGAGCUCUCAUCCAAUCAGUGAAGAAGCUGGCUGAUGUCAUGAUCCUGACAGUGUUUUGCCUCAGUGUCUUUGCUUUGAUUGGUCUGCAGCUCUUCAUGGGAAACCUGCGGCAAAAAUGUGUCCUGAUGCCACCCCUGUUGCUAAGCAACAACACGUCUGACAUCAAUUUUGACACAGGUUACCAUGGCAACGACACCCACACCAACAAUACAGGAUCCAGCGAUUUUGAUUUCUACGAGUACAUUAACAAUCCAGAGAACUACUACUAUCUGCCUGAUCAGCUCGAUGCUCUGCUGUGUGGCAACAGCUCUGACGCCGGGGUCUGCCCGGAGGGUUAUGUCUGUCUGAAGGCUGGAAGAAAUCCAAACUACGGCUACACCAGCUAUGACUCAUUUGGUUGGGCGUUCCUGGCUCUUUUCAGACUGAUGACCCAGGACUUCUGGGAAAACCUCUUCCAGCUGACACUGCGAGCAGCAGGUAAAACCUAUAUGAUUUUCUUCGUGGUUGUCAUCUUCCUCGGCUCGUUCUAUCUAAUCAACCUCAUCCUAGCCGUGGUUGCCAUGGCAUAUGCUGAGCAGAAUGAGGCCACCAUUGCUGAGGCCAAACAAAAAGAGGAAGAGUACGCUCAGAUCCUGGAGGCACUGAAGAAGAGAGAGGAGGAGAAGAAGACUUCAUCUGCAGAAAUAAAGAGCCACGAGCAAGAACACACUGCAAUGGAAGACUUUGAGGACGACCAGAGGCCAUGUCCUCCAUGUUGGUAUGCCUUUGCCAACAUAUUUCUCAAGUGGGACUGUUGUGGCUGUUGGCGACGGCUCAAACAGUGUCUCUACACCAUCGUCAUGGACCCGUUCGUCGACCUCGGCAUCACCAUCUGCAUUGUUCUCAACACCGUCUUCAUGGCCAUGGAGCAUUAUCCAAUGACAGAGGACUUUGAGCAUCUUCUGAGUGUUGGAAAUCUGGUCUUCACAGGGAUCUUCACCGCUGAGAUGGUCCUCAAACUUCUUGCCAUGGACCCAUACUUCUACUUUCAGGUGGGUUGGAACAUCUUUGACAGCAUCAUCGUUACCAUGAGUCUAGUGGAGCUGGGACUGGCUAAUGUUCAGGGCCUGUCUGUGCUGCGCUCCUUUCGAUUGAUGCGAGUGUUUAAGCUGGCCAAGUCAUGGCCAACCCUCAACAUGCUGAUAAAGAUCAUCGGGAACUCAGUGGGGGCUCUGGGGAACCUGACUCUGGUUCUAGCAAUCAUCGUCUUCAUCUUUGCAGUCGUUGGCAUGCAGCUGUUUGGAAAGAACUACAAAGACUGCGUCUGUCGCAUCGCACUCGACUGCGAGCUUCCUCGCUGGCACAUGAAUGACUUCUUCCACGCCUUCCUCAUUAUCUUCAGGGUCUUGUGUGGAGAGUGGAUCGAGACAAUGUGGGACUGCAUGGAGGUCUCAGGUCAGACCAUGUGUCUGAUCAUCUUUAUGAUGGUUCUUGUCAUUGGGAACCUGGUGGUGCUGAAUCUGUUCCUGGCCUUGCUGUUGAGCUCAUUCAGUGGUGAUAAUCUUGCAGCUCCAGAAGAUGAAGGGGAAAACAACUUGCAGAUAGCCAUAAACCGGAUCAAUAGGGCUAUGGCCUGGACCAAGACGUGGAUCCUGGAACAUAUCUGGACUUUAAUGGGAAAGAAGAACCACAUUAACCCAGACCAUCCAAUCCACAAUGGGGAAGAAAACAGGACGACGAAGGAGCUUUCGGCUUUGACCUUUGUGUCUUCAGACCAGGCAGUGUCAGAAGUCGAGUCCCUCGGCUGUAACUAUGACAACCUGACCAGCAACUACCACAACAUUGCCUUACUAAGGGUCCCCAUUGCAGAGGUUGAGUCUGACUUUGAGAUGCCUGACAAUAAUGAUGACGAAAACGAUGAAGAGGAUGAAGAGGAAGAGGAGGAAGAAAAACACUCUCAGUGUGACGAGUCCUCCGUCUGCAGUACUGUGCAGAAACAUCCUGAAGUCGAGGAGGAAGAAGAUGAUGAAAGUCAUGAUGGAAACACACCUGAGGACUGCUGGAGUGACAAGUGUUACCAACGCUGUCCAUUGCUGGACAUAGACACAUCCCAAGGCAGAGGGAAAGUCUGGUCUAACUUCAGGAGAACCUGUUUCUCCAUUGUAGAACACAACUACUUUGAGACCUUCAUCAUUUUCAUGAUCCUGCUAAGCAGUGGAGCUCUGGCAUUUGAGGACAUCUACCUGGAGCAACGUGUCAUCAUAAAGACGGUUCUGGAGUACGCGGACCAGGUGUUCACCUACGUGUUUGUGGUGGAGAUGGUUCUCAAGUGGUUUGCCUACGGAUUCAAGACUUAUUUCACCAAUGCCUGGUGCUGGCUCGACUUCCUCAUCGUAGAUGUGUCUCUGGUGUCUCUGACAGCAAACAUUCUGGGAUACUCUGAACUGGGAGCCAUUAAGUCUUUGAGGACUCUGAGAGCCCUGAGGCCCCUAAGGGCCCUGUCUCGCUUUGAGGGCAUGAGGGUGGUAGUGAAUGCCCUGGUUGGAGCGAUCCCGUCCAUCUUUAACGUGCUGUUGGUGUGUCUGAUCUUCUGGCUGAUCUUCAGCAUCAUGGGAGUGAAUCUGUUUGCAGGAAAGUUUUAUUACUGUUUUAACGAGACGUCUGAGGAGAUAUUUAGCUCUGAAGAUGUCAACAACAAGACCGAGUGUCUCGCUCUGAUUGAGGCAAACUCCACUGAGGUCCGGUGGAAGAACGUUAAGGUCAACUAUGACAACGUGGGGAUGGGCUACCUGUCGCUGCUGCAAGUAGCCACAUUUAAAGGCUGGAUGGACAUCAUGUAUGCAGCGGUGGACUCGAGAGACGUGGAGUCCCAGCCGAUGUACGAAGCUAACCUAUACAUGUACCUUUACUUCGUCUGCUUUAUCAUUUUUGGCUCCUUCUUCACCCUUAACCUCUUCAUCGGAGUCAUCAUCGACAACUUCAACCAGCAGAAGGCCAAGAUGGGAGGAACAGAUAUUUUCAUGACGGAGGAGCAGAAGAAAUAUUACAAUGCCAUGAAGAAACUGGGCUCGAAGAAACCUCAGAAACCCGUUCCCCGACCUGAGAAUAAGUUCCAGGCUCUGGUCUUUGACCUGGUGACCAAACAGUUUUUUGACAUCUUCAUCAUGGUGUUGAUCUGUCUUAACAUGGUAACCAUGAUGGUGGAGACGGACGAGCAGAGCGUGGAGAAAGAAAUCAUCCUGUACUGGGUCAACCUAGUCUUCAUCGUCAUCUUCACCACCGAGUGCACUCUGAAGAUCAUCGCGCUCCGGCAGCAUUAUUUUGCCGUCGGCUGGAACAUCUUCGACUUUGUGGUCGUCAUCCUGUCCAUUGUUGGCCUCCUCCUCGCUGACAUCAUAGAGAAGUAUUUUGUCUCACCCACGCUCUUCCGUGUGAUCCGAUUGGCUCGUAUUGGCCGAGUUCUUCGCCUCAUUCGUGGAGCCAAGGGGAUCCGGACACUGCUGUUCGCCUUGAUGAUGUCACUUCCUGCCCUCUUUAACAUCGGUCUCCUCCUCUUCCUCAUCAUGUUUAUCUUCUCUAUCUUUGGCAUGUCUAACUUCGCCUAUGUUAAGAAGGAGGCCAUGAUUGACGACAUGUUUAACUUUGAGACAUUUGGGAACAGCAUGAUCUGUUUGUUUAUGAUCACAACAUCAGCUGGGUGGGACGGUCUGCUGAGUCCCAUCAUGAACACCCCACCGGACUGCGACCCCCACAUAGAGAACCCAGGAUCGACAGUCAGAGGAAACUGUGGCAGCCCGGCUCUCGGUAUUGUCUUCUUCACCACUUACAUCAUCAUGUCCUUCCUGGUGGUGGUCAACAUGUACAUCGCCAUCAUCCUGGAGAACUUCAACGUGGCCACAGAGGAGAGCACUGACCCUCUGUGUGAGGACGACUUCGAGAUGUUUUAUGAAACCUGGGAGAAGUUUGACCCUGACGCUUCGCAGUUUAUACAGUAUAGUAAACUAUCAGAUUUCUGCGACACUCUGAAGGAGCCUCUGAGGAUUUCCAAACCAAACACCAUUAAACUGAUUCACAUGGAUCUGCCUCUGGUUCCUGGAGACAAGAUCCACUGUCUGGACAUCCUGCUUGCUCUCACUGCUCAGGUUUUGGGCGAUUCAGGAGAGAUGGAUGCUCUCAAAGCCAGCAUGGAGGAGAAGUUCAUGGCCAACAACCCCUCAAAGGUGUCAUAUGAACCAAUCAGCAGCACUCUACGGAGGAAACAGGAAGAAGUGGCGGCAACGGUGAUCCAACGAGUGUACAGGAAACACCUUCUGCAGCGGACCGUCAAACUGGCAUCGUACAAAUACAGAGAGAAGAUGGAGGGACGGCGAGCUGAGGAGUCGCCGCCGGAGACUGAAGGACUUCUCUAUAAACGAAUCAGUCAGCUGUACGGAAAUGGUGCAGAGACAGAGGAGCCUGUCUCAGGUGUUUCAGGUGAGGAUCCCCCCACCUGGGUGGAGCUUCAGAGUGAGUUCCUUCUCCACACUGCUCCUCCCCUCAAUGCCCCCACCAUCCUGCGAGACGAAAGCCUGAGGGAGUCUAUUGUCUGA